AUGGCUUCCAAUACCUGCUCCCAUUCUGUUUACUACCGAAAGGCUGUGCCACCCCAGGAGGUCUCACCUCUCCAGCCGGUUCCUCCCCUUCAACAUUCAACUACUCUCCUGGAGGAUGGAAAGACGCUAUUCGAGCAGGAUGUGGCCAUUCCCAUGCGGGACGGUGUCUUGCUCUAUGCCGAUGUGUACCGUCCUGAUCCUAGUCUGAAAGCUAAGACGCCUACUCUUGUACUAUUCGCGCCAUUCGGAAAGCACGGAGCUGUUCCUCGAGAGAGGUUUCAGAACAUGGGAGUUGAUUUCAAAAAGCUGAGCCAGCAUACUCAUUGGGAACUACCUGACCCUCUCCCAUGGUGCGGAGAAUGGGGAUAUUCCUUCUUGUUGGUUGAUCCAAGGGGCACCUGGUGGUCCGAAGGUGAUGCCUCGAACCACAUCUCGCCAGAGGAAGGUAGGGACGGGUCCACCGGCGAUAUUGGCUGGGGAGGUGGUGUAUCCUACUACGCAAUGUCCGCAUACCAGACCGCCGUGCUGAAGCCACCUCACUUGAAGGCCAUCAUGCUUUGGGAAGGCAUCUCGGACCUCUACCGCGAGGUCAACGCGCCUGGCGGCAUCCCCAAUGUCCCCUUUCAGCACUUCUGGAUGACCAUGACUGGCAACGGCCUCGCCGUGACUGAAGAUCAUGCUGUGGCCAUCCUCGAGCAUCCCCUAUUUGACGAGUACUGGCAGUCCAAAGUGGUAGACUGGGGCAUGAUUGAUGUCCCGGUUUUGGCGGUGACGGGAUGGUCAUCACUCGGCCUUCAUCUCCGUGGAACAAUCGAGGCUUGGAAGCAAAUGUCUUCACCACACAAGUACCUGAUCAUUCACGCUGGCCGAGAGUGGUCCGAGUUCUACAAAAACGAAAACAUUAGCAAGCAACGCUCGUUCUGGGACCGCUACCUACAAAACGCUGCGAACGACGUAGACAAAUGGCCUAGAGUUGAGCUUGCUGUCAGGACGUCGGCCACAGAGAGCUUGCGGCGUUUGGAACUCGAUUUCCCCCCCAAAGCACAACUCAUCAAGUAUCGACUGUCGGCCGAUGGCACCCUCGACCUCAACGACGGCAAUGUCAGCAACAGCCCCCCCAAAUACGCCUCGUUUAUAGCACACAAGUCCAGUUCCGUCGCUUCCUUCGAUGUCAAGAUUGAUCGGCGUAUCGAGAUUACCGGGUACUCUUCCGUCAAGCUAUUUAUCCAAGCGCUCUCUUUCCCCGACGUGGACUUGUUUGUCGCGCUGCAACAAAUCGACAAGGAUGGCCAGACUGUCAAAUUUUUCCACUCUACACAGAAGCUAGAAGCCGACGCAAGCUUUGGCUGGUUGCGCGCCUCUCAGCGGGAACUUGACACAGCCAAGAGCAUCCCUGAGAGGCCGGUUCACCUUCAUCAGCGACGCCUUUGGCUACGGCCCCAGGACAUUGUUGAAGUCAACGUUGAGCUAUGGCCUAGCAGCACAAUUUGGGAAGCUGGCGACACGCUCCGCCUGGCCGUUAAAGGGACAACUUUUACCGAUCCAGAACACAUGACGCAGUUCAAAGGGCCGAGCCACAGUUUCGGCGAAGUUAGGAUCUGGAUGGGUGGAGAAUAUAAGAGCGAGUUACUUGUCCCAGAGGUCACGGCUUCUCUAGGAUAA